AUGAACAACAUUCCUGUGCUUAACGGCAGAAACUUCAAAAAAUGGAAAGAGCACAUUAUGACUGUGCUUGGUUGCAUGGAUCGCGAUUAUGCAUUAAGAUUUGAUCGCCCCGCGGACGUGAACGAAACUAGCACUAAUGAACAAAAGUCCGCAUAUGAGAAGUGGGAGAGAUCAAAUCGCAUGAGCUUGAUGAUGAUGCAAUACUCAAUUCUGGAAUCCUUAAGGGGCGGUAUAACAGAUAAUAAAGAUGCCAAAAGUUUUCUAAAGGAAAUUGCAGACCGAUUCGCUGAUAACGAAAAGGUUGAAACAAGUACUACAGUUAAUAAGCUUGUUUCAAUGCGAUAUAAAGGCAAAGAAACAUAA